GUCGCCGAAGAAAGGUGUGUUAAUGUGCAUCCUUAACGUCGGGAUUUUUGCUGUUUUUUGUUCUCUUCUUCUGUUCUUUUUUGGAAUUAUAUGAAAAAAUAUCUUUUUGGUUCCCAUUUGAAUAGAAAAUUCUAUCUCAAAGUGCAUUUUUUGAGAUUUGAAAAUUUUUAAGAUAAGAAAAAUUUAAAAAAAUCAAAUUGGAUUAAUUUUUUAAGUUUAAAACAAAAUUUAUAAAAAAAAAAAAAAUAUCGAAAAAGUAUCUACGAGUGCGUGGAAAGUAUCUUUGGUACUUAUCAGUUUUAUGAGUGAAAAAUAUUACAAAAAAAAAAAAAAAUCGAAAUAAAAUUUGAAAAAAAAAUUCAAGUGAAGCCAAAAGUUUUUAGUGGAAAAGUGAUAUAAAAAAAUUGAAAAAAAAAAAAAUAAAAUUAAAAAUACAUUAUGGAUUAAAAUCACAUUCGACAACUUCUAACCGGUCUAUGGAUAAUUUAUAUACCAUUUCCGGCUGACCACCAAUAAAAAUCAAUAACAUAUUGUGAAGAAAAUAAUAACCAAAUAAAUAAAAAAAAAAAAAAUAAAAGAUGUCUAAAAUUUGACACGAAAUCGUAAAUUUCAUUAAUUUUUUUUUUAAUUUUUUAAUUUUUUUUUGUUAAAUUUUUAAACUUUAUAAUUUUAACUCGCGACGACAAUCUUGUUAAAAAUUUUAUUUGUCAAAAAAUAAAAAAACGACGAGUUAAUAAAAAUAUAAUAUAAUAUAUUUCGAAAUAAAUCACAUUUUGGAAAUAUAAAAUAAAUGUGGGAAAUGUAUGAAGAUCAUAUUGAAUGUGAUGAGUGCGGUGGUCCAGGACCCCCACCAAAAUUUAUGAUACCACCACCACCAAGACCACCAUCAUUGGAUUAUGGUAUUAUAAAUACAAAUUGUAAUGAAGAAGAAAUGGCCCUGAAAGCAGCUGCAUCAGCACAAAGCUGGGAUAGUGAUAUGUGUGAAGCAAUACCGAUUCUGGAUGCUAGUCUAUAUAGCAGUCAAUCAUUACAGACAUCGGCGAUAAUUGCUGUAUUUUCAUUAUUAUUAGUUCUAGUCGUACUUAUAUCAUCGCUAUUUGUGUGGAAAAAUAAAAGAAAAGUUCAAAACUUUUUACCCUGCAAGACACCAACCCGUGGUCCACAUAUGAACGGUGGAUUGCCGGGUGGACAUUCGGUGACAUAUGAAGAUCCGGAUGCGCAUUUAGGACAUCGGCCGUUGGUUAUGAGACAUCAUCAUAAUGUUGAGAUGUUGCAUCAUUCAAAAGGAAUCCACUAUCCCAGCGGUUAUCCAAUGACGAGGUCACCACCAUUCCUAGUCUCAUCAUCACCCGGACCCGAUCCAUAUCGUUCCAAUGACAAUGUCUACGAAGAACUCGGUCCCGGACGUGAUUCUGACGCUGAAUCCGAGCCACCACUGCAUUCCGAUGAUGAUUUUGCCGAAGAUGAACUCUCCCUACCCGGUGAGAGAUCCUUUAACAAAUCCAUCUCUGAUACAGCAUCAACAAUACCUGUCUCAACAAUCUACCACGAACGAAUCAGUGGGUCGCAACCAAACAACAACAACAAUGGCAACGGUCAAGAACGAAAUUCCCUAUUAUCAUCUUCGUCUUCAUCCAAUACACACAAUGACACUACAACAGUGACAUCUGCUGCCACAUCAACAUCAGCCUCCUCAUCGCUAACAACAAACAAUAAUGCACCAAGUCGAACGGCUGGAAUUCUGUCAGGCGUAUUGCGGCACACAACCGGCAGACAGAACAAUAAUCGCAAAAAUAACCGCCAUAAGCAACCAACAGCGGUAGCCGUCAGUUCGAGCAUGGACGAGUUCAAUACAUCAGCGGGGUCAGAACAGUUAGUCGGCGAUAUGAUGGCUGUGCCAAUGGCACAGAAUCAUCUCUACGAUAAUAGGAAUCACAAUCUUAUGUCAUUGGCCUACAACAACAACACCUUCCACCAUCACAGUCUGAAUAACAACUUAAACAACAACAACAAUACAAACAACAUUAACAACAAUCGUGCCCAAUACUACAAUACGCUGGAGAACGAAGUCGAACGGCGUAAUCGCAUCAACAAUCAACUCCACCAUCCAGCUUCGGCGGUGGCGACAAUCUUCCGUGAACGAAACAUAGUCAAUCAUCCGAAUCGCUAUCCCCAGCCGUACUAUGCAGCCAGUAACUUGUUGAGUUCGAUGCGUUCCAGGACGAAUCCACGAAGCAUUGACCGCCGACGAAUAGUUCCUCCAAUGGAUCCCAUUGAACCGACCUACGGCUAUGCGGAACCUAUUUUCCAUGAAGGAUACCUCUACGACUCGUGUGCCCGACAGCAACAACAUCAGCUGCUGCCGAACACAGUUGGACGCAAUGCGACGGCACUGGUUGGUGGCGGUGGGCCACUAUCAUAUCCAGAAUAUAUUGCUCCAGACUAUACGAGUUCCGCAGGGAUCAUGGGCUCCUAUCGACCGAACACACAUCAGCAUCAUCAUCAUCAUGCAGCAGCAGCGACAGGACACCAUCAUCAUCAGCAGCACAGCCAUCAAUUGUACUCGAGAGGAGGAAGCAGCGUUGGCGGCGGGGGUGAUUCGAGUUUUGGCUCCGAUUCGGGAUAUAGUCAUCAUCACAGCAGCACACCGGCCUCAUCAAUUGGUCGAGGUGUGGGUGGGGGAAUUCGAGGAAGUGGUAGCAGUGGCAAUGGCAGUGGUCAGAACAAACUAACGGCUGCUUUAAAUUUUGGCUGGAAUCGACGACAGUCAAAGCAGCAGUCGCAGCAACAACAACAACAACCAUCAUCGAACCAACAACUCCCUGCCCCACAAACAUCCACCACAUCCACAUCAUCAUCAUCAUCAACAUCAACAUCAUCGUCUGCAUGUCCAAAGGACAUGAAUGUUGAUCGAAGUCCGAAUAAUAACUCGGACUCUAUCCAACAGCCAACAACAGUCCUUGCAACAACAACUACACCAACAACAACCAGCACAGACGUAGUCAACUGUAAUACAACAACAGCCAAGGCGUGAGAAGAGUUGGAAUCGAGUAAGGAGUCGAUCCAAAAUUGUAAAUAAAAAAAAAAGAGAAAAAAACCAUAGACUUAAGGAAGGAUAAUUUUUUUUUUCUUGUGAAAACGAAAAUGAGAUGUGGAGAGAAGAUAAAACAAGGACAUUUGUACAUAUUGUGAUCCUGUAAAUACAACAACACAAAAAAAAACAAACAAAGAAAAAAAUAAAGUAAAAAUGGCAAAAGUAAGCAAAAGCCUCAAUGAAA